AUGCUCUCGCGCACGCGCUUCGUCGCCCGUUCUCUGCACGGUCCCAGCAGGCCCCGCGCCUUUUCCCCCACCGUUACCUCGCUCCAUCGUGGCUUCGCGACCAGCCCCAUCAGGAUGAGCGGCAAGAUUGUGGUCUCCAACCCGGUCGUCGAGCUGGAUGGCGACGAGAUGACGAGGAUCAUAUGGAAGAAGAUCAGGGAAGAGCUUAUCCUCCCAUAUGUUCAACUUGACAUUAAGUACUACGACCUUGGGCUGGAGCACCGUGAUGCCACUUCCGACAAAGUCACCGUCGACGCGGCCGAGGCGAUCCAGAAGUACAAGGUCGGCAUCAAGUGCGCGACCAUCACGCCCGACGAGGCGCGAGUGACGGAGUUCAACCUCAAGUCGAUGUGGAAGAGCCCUAACGGGACCAUCCGAAACAUCCUCGGAGGGACCGUCUUCCGCGAGCCCAUCAUUCUGGAGCGCAUCCCGCGCCCCGUGCCCGGCUGGACGAACCCGAUUGUCAUCGGUCGCCACGCCUUCGGUGACCAGUAUCGCGCGUCGGACUUUGUAGCUCCGGGCGCUGGAUCGCUCGAGCUCGUCUACACUCCGUCAGACGGCGGCGCGCCGACCAAGAUUCAUGUGUACGAUUUCAAGGGCCCGGGCGUCGCCCUUGCCAUGUACAACACCGAAGAGUCCAUUCGUGGUUUUGCGCACUCGUCGUUCAAGAUGGCGCUGCAGAAGAAGCUCCCUCUGUUCAUGUCGACCAAGAACACGAUCCUAAAAAAGUACGAUGGUCGUUUCAAGGAUAUUUUCCAGGAGAUCUACGAUAGCGAAUACAAGGCCGCGUUUGACGCCGCCGGGAUCUACUACGAGCACCGCCUCAUCGACGACAUGGUCGCGCAGGCGAUCAAGUCCUCGGGCGGCUUCGUCUGGGCGUGCAAGAACUACGACGGCGACGUGCAGUCCGACAUCCUCGCCCAGGGCUUCGGCUCGCUCGGGAUGAUGACCUCCGAGCUCAUCACGCCCGACGGGGACGUGAUCGAGUCCGAGGCCGCGCACGGGACCGUGACGCGCCACUACCGCGAGUACCAGAAGGGCCGGGAGACGUCGACGAACCCGGUCGCGAGCAUCUUCGCGUGGACGCGCGGGCUCCUGCACCGCGCGAAGCUCGACGGGAACGAGCCGCUCGCGAAGUUCUGCCGCAACCUCGAGGCGGCGUGCGUCGAGGUCAUCGACCAGGACGGGAUCAUGACCAAGGACCUCGCGCUCGCGAUCCACGGGAAGGACAUGAAGCGCGAGCACUGGGUCGUCACGGACGUGUACAUGGACAAGGUCAACGAGAAGCUCAAGGAGAAGCUUGCGGACCAGAAGUCGAAGCUUUAG